GCAUGACGUCAUGGUUACGUCAUUCGUUCCCUAAUGACAAUGAUCAGUCCACGAGGAGGUACGAACAACUGAUGGGUGAAUUCUUGCCACCCGUUGAUCAGCGGACGCUUUCAACAACGAGCAAGUUGCUACUGUCUGCUAUCCUUGGCGGGGAUGAGAGAGUGUCAAGAUUUGCUACAUGUGCUGAUGGUCAGUGUGAACAUCCGUCACCAUGCCAACACGGUGGUAAAUGUGUGUACGCUAGUGUUGAUGGUAACACUCCUCAGCUGAAGCAGUACAAGUGUCAAUGUAGACCUGGAUACGCCGGACGACAAUGUGAACUCGUUGUAUCAGCCUGCAUCACACGGAGGCCAUGCAUGCACGGAGGACGUUGUGAGCGAUCUGGAUCACACCAUUACGUAUGUCACUGCCCACCAUUCUACUAUGGACAACAAUGCCAGCACAGAUUUGGUAUCGAGGAGUUCGAAAACAUGACAUCGUCAAUGACCAAGUUUAAUCAUCGGCUCAACACCGUUGAGAAGAAAUCAGCACGAGCAUCUCAGAGAAAUGCCAACACCAUAACGACCUUCCUGCGUCGUCUUGAAGCGCGCCUCAGCACCAGACUUGACACACAAGAUGCAAAAAUCAGUCAACUGCUCUCCCAAAAACAAGCUACACAAGAGGAUCUGAACAACACACGUGCUAUGCAAGUACAAGUGGUUUCCGAUCUCAGAGCCAAAGACCGCACCCUGGAGGCAAUGUUCACGACCAAACUCGCAGAACAAGGAACAAAGAUAUCCCAUCUAACAACAGGACAGCAAACGAUGCAACGCCAGCUAAACCAGAGAAUGGACAAUGGCCUUGCCUCUGUGCGACAGCAACAAACUGCACUGAUGAACAGCCGUAUUUCCCAAUCGGAAAGUCGAAGUAACCAGAAUAUGGAUUCUCGUCUUGGGCAGCUUGAAACUGAACUAAAUCAAAGAAUGGAUGACCGAGAUUCACAUCUACAGAUGCAGGUGAAGAAGAACUCUCUCAAACUCGCUAGUUCAUGUAAGGAAAUUCAGCAACUCUCAGACUUCACAGCCUCCUCCGGUAUGUACAGGAUUGUCUCGCUGCACCUUGGGAACACAUCAUUCAAUGAGGUCUACUGUGAUAUGGAUCACUAUGGCGGUGGUUGGACAAGAAUUGCUUACAUCAACCCCACACAGCAGGGCAGUUGUCCUGGUAACAUGAGAUUUGAAAAUCUUCAAGUCAACCUGUGUACUAUGCCAAGCGGUCCAUCUUGUCAUGGUGCUUCAUUUCAAUCACCCAUUGAAUCGUAUAGUGAAGUGAUGGGAUUUGUGACGGGAUAUCGGGAUCAAACAUUGGAUGCGUUCUACGUCGGAUCUACUGACUAUAUCCCUUUGCACAGCUGGUAUAUGGAUGGUGUCUCUGUCACAUAUGGUUCUCCUAUGCGUCACCUAUGGACAUACACAGCUAGUUUUGACAACGCAUCCGCGAUUUAUCAUUGCCCGUGCAGUCCAGAACCCGGUCCACAACCUCCAUCAUUUGUUGGUAGCCACUACUAUUGCGCUGACAAUGGAGACGCUGGACAUUCACUCCAGCCAACCAUGCAUGGAGCAACACGAGUCAAUGUACUGCUGGUGGGACAUGUUGUGACAACACCGAUAUGCCAUGGUUUCAUCGUCAACUUGACACUAGUAGCUCUGAUGAAGUACAGAUCCGGCUUUGCUCUAGCUACAGCUUUGACGAGAACAUUGGCAUUGAUGAAGCUGCAAUCUUUGUGAAAUAGAUUCUGUGAAACCAUUUCCCUCCCUCCCUUCUGCGGCACCAUUGAGUUUGAUCAUGUGUGCGGUCAUUCUAUGUAAUUAUUUAUCUACGGUACUUGGACACACAUCAUCAAGGAACGAUUUGCCUCCUUUAUUCCUUCCCCACGCGGACCCCGUAUAUUUGCCUUCUCCCAGCCCAGCCAUACUGAUCUGCCUUUUAAGAUCAACUGUGCCUUGGUGUACAACGUGUGAAUAAAUGACUGCUUUGGUAUGAUAAUUAUUGUAUUGUACUUCAGUAGCUAGCAGUACAUCUGCAUCUCUCCUCGUUCUACUUGACUUACGGAGUGUUAGCGGCCGUUGUGAGCUCCCUUUGGAACCGACACAAUAAUCUACUUUUUCUUCUCCUACUGGUCUAACAUCCGUCCCAUCACAGUUCAUACAUGUUUUUGUUUUGCUUUAAGGAGGCUCCCACCUAAAGAAGCAAAAAU